AUGACAGGUGUCUAUGCACCCGCCAUCCGAACAACCCUCCGUUCCUGGCUCCUCCCAUCAGCCUCUGCUCUCUUUGUGGAGGACGACUGCUUUGGGUUGAUGGAAGACAUGCUGCGGCCAUGCCCAAAACCUUCACAGGAUGCCACAUCCAAGAUGGUGGACGAAGAGGACGUCAAGGAGGAGCCAGCUGAGGGCAGUGCUGGGUCAAGCCCCGCCCCCAUGCACACCUGUGGGCCGCCAAUCAACCGUCCCAACCAGUGGUUCUUCUACAGCUCAGUGGAGGAGGUGGAUCAACUGAUAGAGGCUCUGAACCCUCGAGGUCACAGAGAGAGCAGCCUGAAGGAGGCGCUGCUGCAGGAGAGAGACAGGCUGCAACAGGUGCUGCAGAAUUGUGACAGGAACAAGUACAGGCACGCAGAUAAUCCAGAGUCGCCCCGAUCCUUCCCAGAAUGCACUGCUACGGCUGAGACUGUGAUGGAAGUGAGACUGAGAGACCUGCUGCUGGACAUCGAGGAUCGAAUCCACCAGGGAACUCUGGGAUCUAUGAAGGUGAUGGACAGACAGGUGUGGCGCUCAGCAUUGGAAGCAGGAAACUACGAACUGCUCUCCUCAGACAGAGAGAACGGACUGGAGGCCAUAGAGAUGGACUCCGCCCACCUGAGAACCAGAGACAGGUACACAGCAGACAUGUGGGGGAGACUUAACUUUGUGGAAGAGGAGAUGGAAGAACUGAGGAAGAUCUACAGCAGGAAACCAGAGGAGGAGGAGAAGGAAGCUGGUGACAGUACUGCCACCAGUUCCAGGUCACCAGUGAGGAAGCAGGGCGACGACUACUGGCAGGAAACGCUGCAAAGGCUCCUCACUGCUCAGGAACUGGGAAACAGCUACGUCCGUACUGUUGCCACGGUGUCAGGAUCAGGGUUAAACGUGCAGUCCAUGGUGUCGGUGGUGCAGCAGACAGUGGAGCAACUCAUCGGAACCAAACAGGAAGUGUCUGAGCUUCGGAGUCACUGGCUGAUUCAGGUCCAACAGCAUCAGGAGGACAUGAAGUACUGCAGGAAAUACCAGGAGAGACUUUCCAAGGCCCAGCAGGACUUAAACUGUGUUUCUGAGAUGCUGGAUUCCUGCACUCUGAUGGAUCUGGGUUCAGAACCGCAGACCUCCAGGCUGCUGGAGCACUUCAGCCAGGCCAGACCACAUUUUACCGUGAGUCUUGUGACUCUGACCUGCCAAGAUAUUAAGGACUAG